CUCCCUUUUCCUUUCUUCCUCUUUUCUUUUCUAAAAUACGUGACCCCUCUGCAUAGGGCGAUGGCCGCAACUAACCCGAGUAUCGAAGCUGGCUCAGCUCACGCUGCAUCCCCCUUCAGUUCUACUCGUUUGAAAAAUAAGGGGUCGCAUAUCUCGGAUGACAUCGAGUCCCACCGAAUCCGAGUUGUCGACCAGAUUGUCGACGAACCUCCCCGCCGUUCGACUCUCGCCAAUAUCAGGAAUAUGAUUCGUGAACCCAUGGCUGAGUUUGUCGGGGUCGCCCUAUUGGUUAUCUUUGGUGCCGGGUCGGGAUGCUCUGUCGUGCUCUCGAGCAACUCGGACGUCGCGCCAGGAAGCAGAGGGGAUUUCCUUUCCAUCAACUUGGGAUGGGCCAUCGGUAUCGCCAUGGGAGUUUGGGUCAGCGGUGGGAUAUCUGGCGGACAUAUUAACCCUGCGAUUACUCUAACAAUGGCCGUUUGGCGCGGGUUCCCCUGGAAGAAGGUUCCUGCCUACAUCGCCGCUCAGGUUUUGGGAGGCCUUGUUGGCGCGGCCAUCAUCUAUGGAUCGUAUUUCCAUGCGAUUGAAAUCUUCGAGGGACCUGGUGUUCGAACGCAGGCCACUGCCGGUAUCUUCGCGACUUACGCAUUGCCGUAUGUCCCAGCCGCUACCGCGUUUUUCGUUGAAUUCCUUGCUACGGCGAUUCUGUCGUUGAUGGUUUUGGCGAUGACGGAUAAGCGCAACAUGAUGCCCACUGCUGACCUGCUCCCUCUUGCCCUCUUCGUGUUGUUCGUUGGAUUUGGUACUUCUUUGGGCAUGCAGACGUCGUGGUCUUUGAAUCCCGCGCGAGACUUUGGACCACGGGUUUUCCUCGCGAUGGCAGGAUAUGGCAAGGACGUCUUCACAUAUUUCAAUCAUUACUGGAUCUGGUGCCCCAUCAUUGCACCUUUCCUUGGUGCGCAGGCCGGUGCGCUCCUCUACGACCUUUUUCUCAAUGACGGUCCAACCCUCUUCAACCGUCAAUGAGUACCACUGUUAUGACUCGGAUGAUUACCCACGCCCUUCGACUUCGCCUGUUUGCACUUGUUCAAGGUUCUCAGUUUAGGUCAUUACUUUAGAUUUUGGAUCACGGUUUGGGUUACGGUUCGCAUUCCUCGGUUUUCUGGUCUGGUUCUUGCAUUCGGUUCAUGGCUCCCCUGCGCUCUUCUUGGACUGUGUACUGUAUGUUCAGUGUUGUAAUACUAAAUACACGGUCUCUAGAUUUCCUCGGUUUC